AUGGCUCCAAGUCACCUGCAAGAUGAGCCUUGCCCCUGGAGAACAGAUGCUGAUGGCAAUGGCCUCUCCUUCUCUCUGCAGGGCCUGGAGCAGUCCUCCCUCAACAUGGGGCUGGAGGCCCAGAGGCUGCCAGGGGCCGAGGAGGCCCCGCUGCUGCAUGGGCAUCAGAGUUGCCUGCAGGUGAAGCCAGGGCAUGGCCGUGUCACCCUAGGCCACAACCGUCACUUUGGCUUCUACGCAGUGCUGGCUGAAGACACCGGGCAGGAGGCCGUGUACCAGGCCUGCGUGAAGCCCCGGUGUCUUGAGGCUUUCUUUGAGGGCUUCAAUGCCACCAUCUUUGCCUACGGUCAGACGGGCUCUGGGAAGACAUACACCAUGGGGGAGGCCAGUGUGGUGUCCUACCUGGAAGUGUACAAGGAGGAGUUCCGAGACCUGCUGGAGGUGGACACUGCCAGCCGUGACAUCCAGCUUCCGGAAGAUGAUCGUGGGAAUGUUGUGCUGUGUGGGGUCAAGGAGGUGGACGUGGAGGGUCUGGACGAGGUGCUGAGCCUCCUGGAGAUGGGCAGCGCGGUGCGGCACACGGCCACGCAUCUCAACCGCCUCUCCAGCCGCUCGCACACGGUCUCCACCGUGACCCUGGAGCAGCGGGGGCGUGCCCCCAGCCCCCAGCCGCGACCCGCCGUGGGCCAGCUGCUUGUCUCCAAGUUCCACUUCGUGGACCUGGCGGGCUCAGAGAAGGUGCUCAAGACUGGCAGCACGGGCGAGCGGCUCAAGCAGAGCAUCCGGAUCAACAGCAGCCUCCUGGCGCUGGGCAACGUCAUCAGCGCCCUGGGGGACCCCAGCGCCGCGGCAGCACAUCCCCUACCGCGACUCCAAGAGCACCCGAUGAGCCGCCUCGGGCUUCUGAUCCUCAAAGAUUCGCUGGGCGGGGACGCCAAGACCGUGAUGACCGCCUGCGUCAGCCCCUCCUCCGCCGACUUCGAUGAAACCCUCAACACCCUCAACUACGUGCGCGAGGGGCUGUGCGCCGUCGAGGGCGAACGCAGCGCCCUGAGCUCCGCCUCCGGGCCCGACAGCCGCAUGGAGAGCGCCUCCGCCGAGGACCACACGGCGCAGGGGCCCGGCGGGCGGAAG